GCGCCCCCACUCCUCCGCACCCCUCCCGCAUCCCCCCCUCCCUUCCCCCACGAGUCACGUGCGCAUGCUUCGUCACGUGACGAGACCGCGCCUCCCCGCGGAAAUGGCGGACGGGGACGUGAAUGUGGACGGAAUCAUCGCGCGGCUCCUCGAGGUGAGAGGAUGCCGCCCUGGGAAGACCGUGCAGAUGACGGAGGCUGAGGUGCGGGGCUUGUGCGUCAAGUCGCGCGAGAUCUUUCUGAGCCAGCCCAUCCUGCUCGAGCUCGAGGCGCCGCUCAAGAUCUGCGGUGAUAUCCACGGGCAGUACACGGACCUGCUGCGGCUCUUUGAGUAUGGAGGGUUCCCCCCCGAAGCCAACUACCUAUUCCUGGGCGACUACGUCGACCGUGGGAAGCAGUCCCUGGAGACAAUCUGCCUGCUGCUCGCCUACAAGAUCAAGUACCCAGAAAACUUCUUCUUGCUGCGUGGCAACCACGAGUGCGCCAGCAUCAACCGCAUCUACGGCUUCUACGAUGAGUGUAAGCGGCGCUUCAAUAUUAAAUUGUGGAAGACCUUUACAGACUGCUUCAACUGCCUGCCGAUUGCAGCAAUUGUUGAUGAAAAAAUAUUUUGCUGUCAUGGAGGGUUGUCUCCUGACCUACAGUCCAUGGAACAGAUUCGCCGGAUCAUGAGACCCACAGACGUCCCAGACACUGGCCUGCUGUGCGAUUUGCUGUGGUCGGAUCCCGACAAGGACGUGCAGGGCUGGGGGGAAAAUGAUCGCGGUGUCUCCUUUACGUUUGGGGGCGAUGUGGUCAGCAAGUUCCUGAACCGUCACGACCUGGAUCUCAUCUGCCGUGCCCAUCAGGUUGUAGAGGAUGGAUAUGAAUUUUUUGCCAAACGACAGCUUGUCACCUUGUUCUCCGCUCCCAACUACUGUGGGGAAUUUGAUAACGCUGGUGGCAUGAUGAGCGUGGACGAAACACUCAUGUGCUCCUUCCAGAUCCUUAAACCUUCUGAGAAAAAAGCAAAGUACCAGUAUGGGGGUAUGAACUCGGGACGUCCCGUCACCCCACCCAAGGCUGCCGUUCCCUUACCAAAGAAGCGAUAAGGCAGAGGCCGCUGGGCUGAGUACACCCUGCGUCAUUGAGCAAAAGUGUCGAGCAGGAUGGGCUGCACGCUGGGGCGAAUGCUUGUCGCUUAAAGUAGCAUAGAAGCUAAAGCAUGUUUGCUAAAAACACUGACCCUGAACAGAAGCCUGCAUGCAGUGUCAUUAAUUCCACAUUCCAAAUCGCUUUUGCUCGAUGAUGCUUACAAUUGUUAAAUUUUUCCUUUUGUUAUCUAUGUUAUAUGCUUUAGUACUUUUAUGAUUGCUUUCAUUUGGCAAGUCAGUCUUAUUUUCAAUCUUGCUCACGUGUGGUUGAAAAGAGGUUGUACUCCCCUUUUUAAGUAUCAAUUUUCAUGUUUGGUUUUCACUCUGAACAUGUUAAGCUCCAUUACAUUUUAAAGCUACUCUGCAGGUAAUGAUUGUUGAAUACCUUUUAUUCAACAAUACAUUUUCAGAGGCUUCUCUGUUUUUCCUUAAGACUAUGCAGUUUUGUGCAAUGUUAAAUUUUCAGCGCUAAAUUUUCUAUCUUUGAGUCCAUGAAGUUAAAAUUGAAGGAUAUUAAAAAGGUUAACUGGACAAACAACCAACGUGGGUCUUGGUGCUGCACUACUGCAAUGUCGGAUAUGCUUGGUGCAUUUCUUUCCCUUCGGUGUUGAAGUUGAGCGGAGGAGUUGCAUUCUAAUCAUAUAGUGGCUCACUUGUACCACCUGCAUUACGGUGGGCAUCGCUGCUUGUGGAGAAGGAGAAACGCGAAGGCUUCAUUGAGUAGUGUCAACACAGCUCCAACAGAAUAGGCCAGUUUAUACGAGUAGUGGAUUUCUCGGGUCUGUCAACAAAUAUAAGAUUUUAUUUUAAAAUCUUACCACAAGAAAUUGAAAGAUAUGCAUGAAAGAAGCAAGGGGGGUUGUACAUUAGUAAAAAAAAAAAUAGACUUUUUCAAUUUGUCGUAUUUCUUCUUGCACAAAGUAUAUUAUUCAGUUGUAUGCUUUUCCAUAUGUAUUACACAGCUCUAGACAUUCCAUUAUCCAUUAGUGAUCCUUAAACCAGUAAACUGUGGUAUGGUGUAAUAAAAUAUUAAUAACGCACCCUCAACUAAGUCACAUUCCACGUAAAUGUCACGAUUCCAUUUGAAUUUGUGUUUGAUGGGUAUAAUAAUUUGCUGUGCUUAAUAAUAAUAAUAAUGUGUAUCCUGUACACGGUAUUCUGCCUAUCGCAUUGUGCACUUAGUUUAUACACUCCCAUUGUUUUCAUGUUGCAGUUGUAAAUACUGUAGUGACUUGUUUUCCUGUGUUGUAAUGGUAAAUAAAAUAUUUAAGGUAAAAUCUC